AUGCCGGGGAGAUUGAAAGUGAAACAUUCAGUGAUAGCAGAGGGGCCGGUUUUAUCAGAGUCACAAGCUGAGUUUCUCUUACAAGAGUUUUUUGAUUCUGAAGUUAAGAAUGCAGUUUUCAGCAUCCUUGGAAUCAAAAGCCCUGGGCUUGAUGGGUUUGGGAGUUAUUUCUUUCAAGACAACUGGGAGCUUAUUAGGAAAGACAUUUGUGAAGCAGUAUCCUCUUUUCUGCACUCAGGUAACCUUCUCAAGGAGAUCAACUCCAUAGUCAUUACUUUAAUUCCUAAAAUCAAAUGCCCUAAUAAGGUGAGUGAUUUUAGGCCCAUAUCUUGUUGUAAUGUGCUUUAUAAGGUGGCCACUAAGUUGAUUUGCUCUAGAUUGGAUUGGGAUUUCCUUGAGGAAAUGUUGAUAGAGUUGAAGUUCCCAUCAAAUUUUAUAAGCUUGAUUAUGACAUGUGUGAAGACUCCUAGAUACUCAUUGAUGUUCAAUGGAUCUCUUCAUGGUUUUUUUGGAGCUAAAAGGAGUUUGAGGCAAGGGGACCUGAUGUCUCCCUUACUUUUUGUGUUAGGUAUGGAGUACCUAAGUAGAAUCCUGAUCAAGGUGGGGAAGAAAGAGGAGUUUAACUUCCAUGAAAGAUGUGGCUUGAAUGUUAAUAAGGAGAAAUCAACUAUGUAUUGCUCGGGCAUGACAGAUGGAGAGAUCCAAAGAAUAUUGGAUAUGUCUGGUUGUACUAGACAAAAUGACCCGUUCAAAUAUCUUGGAGUUCCCAUAUGUGCAAGAAAGAUCAAUGCAGCCGAUUGCAGUUGUCUAGCUCAGAAAAGGGCUGCCCGAAUAAAGGUAUGGGGAACCCGAAACUUAUCUUUUGCAAGCAGAUUAGUUCUUGUAAACUCAGUCCUUAUUUCAAUUCAUAUUUACUGGAGCCAAAUGAUGAUACUUCCAAAGAAAGUAAUAAAAGAGAUAGAAGCCAUAUGUAGAAGUUUCUUGUGGACAGGGAAAGACAUGAUGGCAGGGGCUGGAAGCAUCUCUUGGGAGAAAAUCUACACUCCUAAGAAAGAAGGAGGUCUCGGCAUAAUGAAUAUUGCCUCAUGGAACAUAGUAGCCAUGGCUAAGCAUGUUUGGGCUGUAGCCAAUAAAAAACACAAUCUAUGGGUUAAGUGGGUGCAUUGUGUGUACAUCAAACAACAAGAUUGGUGGGAGUAUAAUGUUCCCACAACCAGCAGCUGGUUUGUCUGGGGCAAUGAGGUCUGGAAUAGACUUAAUUCUCGUAAACAUAGCUUCUUGAUGUGGUUGGCUGUGCAAAACCGGUUGAAAACUCAAGAAAGACUUUAUAAUUUCAAUAUCAUUGACUCACCCGACUAUGUUGAAGGUUUGGCUGAAUUGGAGGGUGUAGGCCGAUUCUUUGCUUGGGCUGCUGAAGUGUAUCCGAAAGUCCAAAAUCUCCAAAUUCUGCAAGGGUGUAAAGAUGGCAGCUGUGGCUGCCUUGGCUUAUGCAAUUUGGAGAGCAAGAAAUGA